CAGGAGAAACAGUCGUGCGGGUCUUGCGUGGGCUCUUAAAUGUGAAGUACAUUUUCCUGAAUAUUGAGGAAGUGCAUUGACAGACGGAUUUCAGUGCUCAUGACACAGCUGCAUCCUGAAUCUACACGACCAGCUCCUGCUUUAGUUAUUUGACGGAAACCGUCACCGCUGAACGAGGUGAAGAGGAAUCCUAGUUGCUGAGGAUUUGAACCCACCGUGGUGCAGUUUACCGAUCCAGCUGUGCUCAGGAGAAAAGACAGCAUCUGUCCACAGAGACGCAGCAGAUGGCCUGGGCUGCCGGUACACAGUGUGUAGCCAAGGGGGACCACAAGAAACCCAAACCUGGAGAGCUAGCGUACUGCAAGGGAGACAUUCUCACUAUUGUUGACACAAGCACGAGGAAAGGAUAUUACAAGGCCAGACACAACACCACGGGAGAGGAAGGACUCAUAACCUCAACCAGUGUUCGUGAACGAGAGGCUCUACGAAUUGACCCCAGCCUCAGCCUUAUGCCUUGGUUUCAUGGAAAGAUCUCUGGUCCAGAGGCGGUGUGUAAGCUGCAGCCAGCCGAGGACGGCCUGUUCCUGGUACGAGAGUCCAUCCGCCAUCCUGGUGACUAUGUGCUGUGUGUUAGUGUCUCCGGAGAGGUCAUCCACUACCGGGUGAUUUAUCAAGACAACAAGCUGACCAUUGACAACAUGCAGUAUUUCUACAACCUCAUUGACAUGAUAGAGUUCUACUCAAAGAAUAAAGGCUCUAUUGCUACAACUCUUCUGAAGCCCAAACAAAAACAAGGAACCAAGUCAGCUGAGUUGGAGCUGUCUAAAGCUGGAUGGCUGCUAGACAUUACGAAACUCAAACUGGGAGAGAGUAUUGGGGAGGGGGAGUUUGGUGCUGUUUAUGAGGGAGAGUAUAUGGGCCAGAGGGUGGCAGUAAAAACCAUUAAAUGUGAUGUCACAGCUCAGGCGUUCCUGCAGGAGACCACCGUUAUGACGAAGCUUCAGCAUAAAAACCUGGUGCGGUUGUUGGGUGUCAUUCUUCACAAAGGGCUUCAUAUUGUCACAGAGCUCAUGAGUAAGGGAAACCUUGUCAACUUUCUCAGGACACGGGGACGUUCAGUUGUAAACUCGGUUCAGCUGCUUCGCUUUGCACUCGAUGUGUGUGAGGGGAUGGAGUACCUCGAGUCAAAGAAGCUAGUUCACAGAGAUCUGGCAGCUCGUAACAUCCUGGUCUCUGAUGACAGCGUGGCCAAGGUCAGCGACUUUGGCUUGACCAAAGUGGACUUGAAGGUGUCUGACAAUGCCAAACUGCCGGUUAAAUGGACCGCCCCCGAAGCUCUGAAGAAGGAGAAAUUCUCUACAAAGUCAGAUGUAUGGAGUUACGGUGUUCUUCUGUGGGAGAUCUUCUCUUAUGGUCGUCAGCCUUACCCUAAGAUGUCUCUGACUGAGAUGAAGGAGAGAGUGGAGGGGGGUUAUCGCAUGGAGGCUCCAGAGGAGUGUCCUCCUGGUGUUUACGCCCUCAUGAGGAUUUGCUGGGAGCAGGAACCACGCAGAAGACCAGCUUUCCACAAACUGAGGGAGAAACUUGAACAGGAGAUGAGUAAACACAGUCCGGGUCAGGAGUCUGUGCAUCGCAGUGGGAUCAGGUCUGGUUCUGGAUGCUGAUCUUGGUUGUGAAUCUUGAACUCACAUUGGAGUGUUUGUCUCCUGGACAGCUAGUCCACGCAUUGGUACGCCCUCCUGUGUUGGUGUGCAUCAUGCUAGAUGAACCAACUGUGUUAAGGUUUUCAUACACUUAACAGUUCCAAGUGGACCAUAGCAGAUAGAACCAGACUGUAUUUAUGUAAUAUCUGGACAUCAUGUAAUGCCAGUGGUCUACUGGCUGGCUUGUCCAGAUUGACAUUGUGUCUCUACUGCAUGGAUUGCCAGGAAAUUUUGAAAAGACAUUCAUUAUCCCCAGAGGAAGAAACUUAAAAGAGAUUUAUUCUUCUGUGCCAUAAAUUUCCAUUGUUGUCCAAGAUUAUUAAAAAGCAAAUCACUGAGUCACAUUGCUUCAAUUGUUGACACAGUCCUUCAUUACUAAAUAUGGGUGUGUGGAAAAAAGACAACAAAUACACCGUUUACUCCUGCUUCAGUCAUGUUUGCUAAAAACCGCAGUACCCAGCUGUUUCGGGACAGUUUUUUAGCCUUUGAUAAAAAUGUAAGUGUAUAUGUAUUAGUGAUUGAAAUACUGCACAUUGAACUUGAAUCUCUUCACUGACAUGUUGUAUGUUUGAAUGUCAUUUGGGGUUUAAGUUCUGUUUACUGAUAUUUGAAUAUGUUAUUGUAUCUUCAAAAAUCGAAUGUUUCACAUGAAGAGUAAAUACAGGUUAUUUGUAUUUAAUGUAAGGGAAAGAUGUUGGAAAAAAGAUGAAAAACAUGUAGGAAAGAGGAUGAAACAGGAGAGAUGGAACAUUUUUUUACUUGGAUUUAGUCGGAGAUCACCCAAAUCUGCUUGUAUCCCAGCAAUAUGCCAGUGAUUCAGGGCUUAGAAUGAGAAAUAUUUUGUUAUUGCUGGCAUAUAACAAGAAAAGAAAUUUAUUUUCAUGUUUCACACAACAGCCAAUAUUUUGCUUGUGUGCAGAGAAUACUGAGAGGUUAGUUGCAGAUCUGCUACAGACACUCUUUAGGCCUUUAGUUACUUCUCCUAAAGUACAGUAGCUUUUUGACCUUUAUGAAGGCCAGAAGUCAAAGAUGGUCUUUGGCAUUUAUUUUAUUCUGUUACUUUUUAAAUCAAACCAGUCGACCAAAACCAAGCCUAAUAGUGUUUUUGCCACAUUGUUCGUCACACUCCACUGGUCAGCAUAAUGGGGUUUGUUUCACAGGACUAAAUCUAUGGGAAUAUGACAUAUACUGUAUUAGAUUUUAAAAUUAUAGGAGUGACUAUGUGUUAUCCACCAUCCUCUUGGGCUUUGUGGAGGUACAGCAUGUUUUCUGCUUUCCUUGUUUCAUCCUUUCCUUUUGGGGAAAACGGUUCUGGAAUACUGAUGUUUUUUUGUUUGUUAGUUUUUUUACAUAUACAAUUUAUUCUAUUUAUUACAGUAAUCAUUUAACAAUUUGUGACUAUCAGCUGCUUUUUAAUAGAGGUGAUCUUUCUGAUAAUACUAAGACACAUAAAGCUCACCACAAAAUGAAGCCCUACUUUUUGGAUUGUUGACACAUCACAAGAUCAAAUUAAAAAUGUCAUUAGAUUUUAGUCUAUAUAAGCCUGGUAUUUGUCUCCAUCCCAAACUGGGGACUGAUCCUCCCUCUCUUGUUAUCAUACAAUGGGAGUGAGGGUCUUCCAUGAUUUGUUCAGACUGCUCUGUGUUUUCCUGAAUGGGGUGAGCACCGAUUUUCUGCACUAGGGUUUAUAAAGGAACCAAAUGCAAAAUAUGUAUAAUAAAAGAUUA